AUGUCGCAAAAACACCUGAAAGAAGCCUUUAUCAGCAACUUAAACGGAACGAGUCUGCUGGAAAUUUCCGUAGGCUUGUCCCUACCUCCACUCUGCCUGCUUGGCAGAGGACUCCUUCUGAUUUUGUAUUACCUGCACUAUGGGAAGCCUCUAAGUUCAAGGAAGUACAGGCUGCUGCUAGACUUCCUCGUGCUGGUGUCUCCUCUCCUGUUCUUCUGUACAGUCUUGUCUCCCAUCAUCUUUUUCAUGCCAAUUAUCGUUGCAGCCUUCUGCGCCGGAAUAUUUUAUAAGAUAUACAGCCAAAGAAAACCUGAGACCAGAGUGCCUUUUAGGCAAAUUGUAAAAGACUUCCAGGAGACGCACUUGGAUCCAGAAUACAUUCCAGCAAUAACUGUGUUUCGUGUUUAUGUCAAUGUGCUGACAUCAAUCAGCAUUUUAGCAGUGGAUUUCCCGCAGUAUCCAAGGCGGUACGCCAAAGCCGAGACCUAUGGAACAGGCGUUAUGGAUUUUGGGGUUGGAGCAUUUAUUUUCGGUAAUGCUCUCGUUUGUCCUGAAGUCAGGCAAAAGUCUUGUUUGACACAACCAAAAUUUUCCAGUCUGGCCAGGCAGUUCUUUUCCGUUUGGCCACUGAUUUUUCUUGGCGUUGGACGACUGCUUAGUGUUAAAUCUAUAGAGUAUCACGAACAUACUUCAGAGUAUGGAGUGCACUGGAAUUUUUUCUUUACUUUAGCAUUCGUGAGGCUUGCAGCAUCUCUACUUUUAGCCGUGUUUCCAAAAAAUAAAUCUUGGAUCAUUGCUAUAAAUCUCGCUGUACUUUAUCAGCUGACUCUGAAUACAUCCUCCCUGAAGAUGUUUAUCCUGCAUGGGAGCAACGGCAGAGAUACCAGGGCUGGCUUUUUAAAUGCCAACAGGGAAGGACUGCUCUCUCUCUUUGGCUAUCUAGCCAUAUAUAUGGCGAGCAUCCAGGUGGGGCUGUGUCUGCUGAAGUGCAGGAGCUCCGUCAAAGGCUGGACUGGAGCGGUGCGUCUCUUACUGGUGACAGUUCUCGUGCUCUUCCUGUUUCUGCACUUGUCGCAAGUUUUCGCGGACCCCGUGUCGCGCCGGAUGGCAAACCUGUCCUACUGCAUAUGGGUGGUGGCUCACUGCCUGACUUUCUUCAUCUUUUUCGUGGUGACUGACCUCGCGUUAGUGUUUACAAAGCUGCUUGUGAAGGGCUCCAGCGUGCCCUGUUGCUGGAACGCUGUAAAGCCCCCUAAUACCAGUACAAGGCAUGAACUGGAAGCCGUGCCUGUCGGCAGGGAAGGCAAGCUGGCGCACGCUUGCCUAAUCAGUGCUAUUAAUAAAAAUCAAUUACUGUUUUUCUUGCUAGCAAAUGUUAUGACUGGUGCUGUGAAUAUACUGGUAGAUACAAUCCACAGCAGGACGGCGUUUACAUUAUGUAUAAUGCACUUGUAUAUGUUUUUUAACUGUUUAAUUAUGUAUAUAUUGCAUGCCAAAAAUAUAGUAUUAAAGUUUUGGUGA